AUGGCACUUUCCAUAUCUGAGCUUUGUGGAAGAAGUGGAAUUGGUGGCUAUAGUACGAGGAGCCUCUCACAUGUAGGUGGAAGCAGAAGAAUAUCUUGUCCUGGAGGCUACCCGAUUGGAGGUUAUGGAGGCCUCAGUACUGGACAUCACAUUCCCUAUGUUGGUCAGAGCUGUGGUGGUGGCCUGUAUUACGGUAUUCCCAGAAACUACGUUGAACUCAGAAAUUAUGUAGGUAGCUAUCGACAGGACUACAUCCAUGGAAUCAACUUCAACGAACACCUCUUAAAACCACUCCAUCUAGGAAUUGACCCCGAGAUCCAGAAAAUACGAAUUAAUGAGAGGGAACAGAUGAAAUCUCUCAACAACCAGUUCGCUUGCUUCAUUGACCAGGUCCGAUGCCUAGAACAGAAAAACAAGGUGCUGGUAACCAAAUGGAGCCUCUUAAAAGAGCAAGGACUACCUGGUAGGAGAGAUCUCAAGUUCCUCUAUGAAAACUCCAUCUGCAGCCUCCGCAAACAGCUGGAUUUCCUGCUGAGAGAAAAGGAACAGAUGGAACCACAACUGCACCGCAUACAACAGAGUGUAGAGGAAUUUAAACGCAAGUAUGAGGAGGAAAUCAACCGGCGCACGGCUACAGAGAAUGAUUUUGUUCUGCUUAAGAAAGAUGUAGAUGGUGCUUUCAUGAACAAAAUGGAGCUGGAAGUGAAGGUGGAAAUAAUGAAACAGGAGGCUGAGUUUCUGAGGCAUGUGCAUGAUGAGGAGAUUGCUGGGCUGGAAGAGCAGAUUCAGCGCGAGGCUUCAAUUAUUAUGCAGAUGGACAACAACAGAGACCUGGAUAUGAACUCUGUCAUCCAGAAUGUUGAAUCCUGGUAUCAGAGCAUUGCGCACAAGAGCAAAGAAGAAGUUAAUGCUUUGUACCAAUACAGAUGCCAGGAACUCCAAAACCAUAAAUGCCAAAUUAGCAACGAUCUGAAGAUCAAGAAGCGUGAGGUGGCAGAGAUAAGCUGGAUGGUGCAAAGACUACAGUGUGAAAUGGAAAAAAACAAGAAGCAGGUUGCAUGUCUGCAGUCGGCCAUUUCUGAUGCUGAGCAGCAUGGCGAACGCGCCCUCACAGGUGCCCAAGAGAAACUUGAUGAGCUGCGUAAGGCCCUGCACGCGUCUAAGGAUGAGCUGGCAGGCAUGCUGAGGAACUAUCAGGAGCUUCUCAACAGCAAGCUGGCUCUGGAUAUUGAAAUAGCUACGUACAAGUCACUGCUGGAGGGAGAAGAAAACAGGAUACUUUCUGGGAGCCUUCAGAGCAUAAAGCAGCUGAUGACUGUGACCAUGAGCCUGGAUGCAGCUUAA